UCGAAACGAAACCUUUAAUAGAAAAAAAAAUGUUUCUUCGAUUAUUAAAAUAUGUGAUACCAUCAUUCAUUGGAAUAUAUCUCCUAUAUAAUCAAAUAAAUGCAUUUUGGUUAAAUCAAUUUCUAAUACUAUGUUUUCUAUUGAUUAUAUCAUGGACAAUUGGUUAUUAUCUUUAUGAUUUAUUCGAACAAGAUCAAAUUGAUCCAAAGAAUAAAAUUGUAUUAAUAACCGGUUGUGAUACUGGUUUUGGUAAUCUGUUAGCACAAAAAUUGGAUCGUUUAGGAUUCGAUAUUUAUGCUGGUGUUUUAAACAUCGAUAGUGAUGGCGUACGACAAAUACAACAAAAAUGUUCAAAACGUUUGAAAAUAAUCAAAAUGGAUGUUACGAAAUCGAAAGAAGUGGAAAAUAUUGUCGAACAGAUCAAACAAUCGGGCAAACCAUUAUGGGCUUUAGUCAAUAAUGCUGGUAUUGCAAUAUCGGUACCAUUUGAUUGGGGUAAAGAUAUUGAUGUUUAUCAGAAAAUAUUUGAUGUAAAUGUUUUCGGUGUAGUUCGUGUAACAAAAAAUUUUAUCACAUUACUUCGUCAAUCCAAAGGUCGAAUUAUAAAUGUGGCUAGUGCAGCUGGUCGUAUGCCCGCACAAUGGAUGGGACAUUAUUGUAUGACCAAACAUAAUGUACGUGUAUUUUCCGAUGUAUUACGACGUGAAUUAAUUGGAACCGGUAUCAAAGUAAUCACUAUUGAACCAUCAUUUUUUCGUACAAGAAUUGUUGAUUUCGAACAAAUCGAUAAACAACGUAAAAAAAUUUUUGAUGAAACACCUUUAGAUAUUCAACAAUCAUAUGGAAAAAGAUAUCUAAAAUGUUUAGAAGCAAGUAAUCAAUUGAUAAUGAAUAUAACACAUGAUAAUAUUGAUCUGGUUAUCGAUUCAAUGAUCAAUGGUAUUAUACGUAAACAUCCAAAAAUUUAUUAUCGUUGUUGUACAAUUAUUGAAUUAUUUACAAUUUGGGGUUCAUCACAUUUACCUGAAAUUUUAUUGGAUACAUUUACAAAUGUUUAUAAUAAUCGAUUAUAUCGAAAAUAUUUACAUUCAAAAUAAAUAAAAAAAUGAAAUAUGAUUCUAUAUCUAUUUGG